UCCACACACUGUGCUCUCCAUUUCUGGCGUGUCUCCCAGCACAGAGUUUAGCUGAGGCUCGGGUUUAGUUUUCCCUCCUCUCUCUCCCCUGUAGUGACAGCUUCUCCGGGCUCUGCUAGCCAGGACUCCCGAGCGAUCAUGGAGGAUACUACUUUGCAAAUUAUCGAACCACCAACUGCUUCUGAGGCCUCUGAGGAGCAAGUGCCUGAAGAACCCAUCAAAACAGACCAGAUCAAUGGUGUGAUGGUGCUGACCCUUCUGGACAAGAUCAUUGGAGCAGUGGAUCAGAUCCAGCUGACCCAAACACAGCUGGAGGAGAGACAGCAAGAGAUGGAUAGCGCAGUGACCAGCAUCCAAGGAGAAUUAACCAAGCUGACAAAGGCACACACCACCACCAGCAACACUGUGAACAAGAUGCUGGAAAAAGUGCGCAAGGUGAGCGUCAAUGUGAAAACUGUUCGGCAGAACCUGGAAAAGCAAGCCGGGCAGAUAAAGAAGCUAGAGUCCAACGAAGCGGAGCUCCUGAAACGCAGAAACUUCAAAGUCAUGAUCUACCAGGAUGAAGUGAAGCUCCCGUCUAAACUGAGCAUCAGCAAGUCUCUGAAGGAGGGUGAAAAGCUAGAGAAGGAAGGCGAGGGCGAGGAGGUGCCUGUGGGCGAGGACCAUGCAGAAGAGGACCACAUCCAGCUCUCCUCGGAUGAAGAGGUGGAGAUUGAAGAGAUUAUCGAAGAGUCACGGGCAGAACGCAUCAAAAGGAGCGGCAUGAAAAGAGUGGAUGACUUUAAGAAGGCAUUCUCAAAGGAGAAGAUGGAGAAGACUAAGCUAAAGACCAAGGAAAACCUGGAGAAGACCCGCCACAACUUGGAGAAGACCCGCCACAACCUGGAGAAGAGGAUGAACAAACUGGGCACCAAGAUUGUGACUAACGAAAGGAGAGAGAAGAUGAAGACCUCUCGGGACAAGCUGAGGAAGUCUUUCACCCCUGACCAUACCAUCUAUGCCAGGUCCAAGACAGCCGUCUACAAGGUGCCACCCUUUACUUUCCAUGUCAAGAAAAUAAGAGAGGGUGAGGUAGAAGUGAAAGCCAAGGAGCUGGUGGAGGUUGGUGGAGAGGAGGGAGAAAAUUCGGAUCUGCUGCGUGGGGAGAGCCCCGAGAUGCACACGCUGCUGGAGAUCACGGAGGAGUCUGACGCGGUACUGGUGGACAAGAGCGACAGCGAGUAGGACAGGCUGCAGCGCGGAAGGGUUGCGGACGACGGCUGAACAUGUAAUCAUUCGCAUUUCGAGAUCUCUCUCUGCCCUGGUGCCCCAGGGGAAGUGUACACAAUGCAUCUUUACUACCCUGCAGAGCCGACGCCAAUCCCCUGCCUGCUAGGACAAGGUGUAUUUUAUAUUUUAGUUUUAGCACACAGAAAUGUUAGGAACACGGGACUGUUUUUCUUACUUUAUUAAAAAAAACUGCUGCAGGCUGUGUGAGAGCCUUCUAGCACCAGACCUGAAGACGGGCUUUGAGUGACAGGGACCCGGCCCAGCUGGAGAGUGCUAAAACCAAGAUAAUGGCUGUACACCUGGAAAGCUCAAGUGUCCUCCAUAAGCAAAGACCUGGUGUCAAGAAAGCUUCCUGCCAAGCAGCCCACCGGCCCGUGCCACCCCGGCUCCCUGUGCCAGACUGUGCAGGCAGGAAGACCCCCAGCACCCAAGCUGGCCGCCCCUUCGGGGGAGCAGAGGAACUGUGAUCAACCCCACGUGUGGGAGGGAAGAGCUGAGCAAGUCCUGUUGAUGGGCUGAGUAUGGGUGAAGCUGAGUCAGCCGCAUGGCCGGCAGGCGGGUCUGCUC